UUGGGUUUUGCUCACCUACAAAUAUUAAGGCAGCUUAUCAAUGUUUAAGCCCCUUCCUCUUUGUAAUGGUUGCUAACAUUUUAACCCAGGCAAAUUAAGAAUUUUUUUCUUUCCUGUCUUCUUACAUUGACAGAGUACACAUUCAUAAGAUUCUAUUAUCAGAUUUCAUGGUAUAAAGAGUGGGGCAUCGCCUAAACACCCAUCUGCGACCUGCAAGUCUCUGUUUUGGGAGAUGUAUCUGCUUUAUGCUUUCCUUGUUUUGCUUUCUCUUAGUGAUAGUUCCAGUUCUAACUGCCCAGGAAGAUGUAGCUGUGAUUCCCUGCAGUCGGUGCAAUGCUACAGACUAAUUGAGGUACCCUCCCGUAUUCCUUCCACCACCAAGAGGCUCUACAUCAGCCACAGCAAAAUUAAACACCUGCAGCUAACUAACUUUACCCAAAUGCUAGCUUUAGAAGAUUUUAUUCUGCUGGCCAGUGGAACAGAGUCAGUAGAAAACAACACUUUCAAAACUCUGAGUACCUUGAAGACCUUGGAACUCUGGAAAAAUAAGUUAAGACGAGUCCCCACUGCUCUUCCAGCCAGUCUUGAAGUGCUAAGACUAAAUGAUAAUUCAAUACAUGUCUUACAUGGAUCAGAUUUUGAAGGACUGAAGAAAUUAAAAAUCCUUGAACUUAAAAACAACCUAAUCUCUUCCUUUUCUCCCAGCGUGCUCUCCUCUCUUGUCAGUUUGCAAAGGUUAAUGAUGGAUGGCAACAAUAUGGAGUCUGUGGCUGGCCCACUGCCACUGCCCCAUCUGGAAUAUAUGAGUUUGGAGAAUAAUAAGCUACAUCUCAUACCAGGUAGCUUCUUUACUUCUGUUCAGUCUUUGCAGUUUCUUAGUUUCAGUGGUAAUUUACUGACUAAAAUCCCUACUAAUCUGCCAAAAUCCUUGCUAUCUUUAAAGAUGGAGAGAAACCAGCUCAAAGUGGUAAGGUUUCGAGAUAUGAAACACUUGGAGAAUCUUUCCCAUCUUUACCUGUCAGAAAACUCACUUUCUUCCGUAGAUGGGGCACAGCUUCUUGCCAAUUUAACUACUCUUGAGUUGUCCCAAAACCAGCUUCAGAUGUUGCCCCUCAGACUACCAGCAAGGCUACAAAAACUUGAUUGUAGCAAUAAUCUGAUUCAGAAAGUGACAGUGGAAGAUUUCCAGGACCUGCGAGACUUGAAACAUUUGUUUCUGGACAACAACAUUGUCAGCUUGUUCGAAGCUGGAGCUCUGCAGAGGUGUUCUCAGCUCUCCAACCUGGCCCUGGAGCAGAACCUGCUGUUGUCUAUACCACUAAGGCUCCCGGGGACCUUAGCCAGGCUGGACCUAAAAGGCAAUGCCAUCCAAGAUAUUGCUGAGAGGGAGCUCAAGGAUCUAAAGCAGCUUCAGGUUCUAAACCUUAGGAACAACAAGAUCUCUGCCUUAGACCUCAAAGCCUUGGAGGGUCUGCCCCGCCUCAGACACCUGUACCUGGAUGGAAAUCCAUGGAAUUGCACUUGCAGUCUCCUAAGAGCUAGGGAGGUCCUGAAAGCCAAGGGCACAGAUGUGAGGGGAGGACAAUGUGCAGCUCCAGCUGAACGACGAGGGGAGAGCUGGAUGUCUUCCAAGAAGAUCAUGAGGCAAUGUGAGCAUCACUUACACCUGACGGAGAAAAGCAAAGAGGCAAAAAAGAAAUCAAAACCUGAAGAUCACCCCAGCAUCAGAAUCAACAUGGACGAUGAUUAUUAUGAUUACGAAAUAGAUUAAGUAUGAGCUUUGCUUACAGCUUAAAAUUAACAUGCACCCUCUGAAGCAGAAAAAAACUAUACAUUUAGAUAUGCAAGAAUUUUUUUUUUUUAUUUUAAUGAAAUGAGGGUUAAGUUGAGGU